AUGAAAAAAUCGAAAGUAAAUCGGAUAAUUAAACACCACCUUGAUGAUGGAUUACAAACAGAAUAUUCAAAUGCCAAGGAUCCCAAAAUACUAUGGGACAAACUUAAGGCAAGAUUUGGACAUCAGAGGAAAGUCCUGUUACCUUCAUUAAUGGAUCAGUGGAACAAAUUAAGGUUCCAAGAUUAUAAAAGUGUUGUUGCAUAUAACUCUGCCAUGCACCAAAUUAUUGCACAAUUAGAAUUUUGCGGUGUGGCUAUAACUGAAGAACAGAAAUUGGAAAAAACAUUUUCAACUUUCCAUGCAUCCCAAGUAUUGUUGCAACAACAAUAUAGAAUGAGGGGAUUUACUGAGUACUCUGAUUUGGUCGCAGCUCUUUUGGUGGCAGAACAAAACAAUGAGCUCUUGAUAAAAAACCACCAGACACGUCCCACAGGAACAAUAGCAUACCCCGAAAUAAAUGCAACAACAUUUAAUCGUGGGCGUGGUGGCCAUAAUCGUCAUAAAGGACGAGGGGGUAAAGCUCAUUUUGAUGGUCGAGGCAGAAAUCACGGUCGAAACCAUUUUCGUGGUAGAGGUCGUGGACGAUGA